AUGGCGCCAGUUACUUUGAUGCGACGCAAUAUUGUGCUGGCGGCAUGCGUGGCACUGGUCCUAAUGGCCUUGCUGUACAUACAAAGCCCUUUUGAUACAAAUCAAUUAAAAAAUAUUAUUCCUAUUCAGUCCAACCCAUUUACGACUGGGCCUAAACUCAAGUCACCACCAUCAGGCGUUGCAGGGGCCGCCAACGGUGACUCGCAAGCAGGCGGCCAGACUGAAAACGACUUCAAUAGCCAAGCCCGAACAUCGCAACUACAUUUCCUUGUUCCGGCAAGCCAACCAAACCUCCAACUCUGUUACAACUUGGCCUCGGCGGCGGUCAACCGAUACUCGGUCCCAACACUCCUAGGCUGGAACGGCCAAGGAGAAUUCGAUGCGGCCAUAACACACCUGGCGAAACUACGGACCGUCAAGCGAUAUUUGGAUUCUCUUGACCCAGAAAAAGACGACGAUCUUGUCAUUAUCGUUGACGGAUACGACAUUAUACACCAACUACCAGCCGAGGUUAUAAUCGAACGUUAUUUCGAUGCAGCCCGAAAGGCCGAUGCCUAUCUGGCGGACCGAAUGGACAUUUCUAUUGGGGAACUUCAUGAAAGGGACAUGAGGCAGAGUGUAUUUUGGGGGCCAGACAAGGUUUGUUGGCCGCCGGACCCGAGAGCUGCACGAUGCUGGGCCGCGCCUCACUCAUUCCUGGCGGAAAACGCGUUCGGUCCAGACAGAGGGCCAAACGAAUUCUUCUCUGAGGACCCUCGCUGGUUGAACUCUGGCACCGUGAUGGGCCCUAUCGGUGAUGUGAGAAAGGUCGUGGACGCUACCAUGGAUGAGAUUGCGGCCACAUACGACAUCAAUUUUUGGCAGUCGGAUUCUGAUCAAUAUUACUUAUCCAAUGUUUGGGGCCGGCAAGAGUAUUGGCGAUCUUUGCAAAUUGCAAACGGAUCAGAAGUCCAGGGAGGGCCACUGGAUCGCAUAAUUCCUGAAAAGAUAGGGGAAUUGCAGGACACUGAGCUGCACAUGGCCAUCGAAUACGACUCUUCGCUUUUCCAGCCCAAGGCAGGGAACGAGCCGUUCAUGGGGUACUUGCAGUACAACAACGAAGACUUCUCCAGCCAUGUACAUGUCGACAUAUUUGGGCUGGGAGAGAAGUUUGUGCCUUUCCCAGUCCACAUGCCAAACAAUGUUGGGACUGCCCUGAUGAAGUUGUACAACUCCAUCCCAGAUGCGCACCCGGGGGCCUCGGCGGAACACUGGCUGCGAAUGGUGCAUCUAGGCACAAACUUUGUCACGAAGCAAAUAUACGGGCUGUGGCACUGCACAGGACCCAAGGAGUUUAUCGAUGGAGAGUAUCCAAAAAUGUGGUUCUAUCCAUUUGUCAAAUCACUUCUCAAGGCAUCGGUUCGAUCGUCGCAAAGGGGAGAUUUAAUCUCUUCCAAGCUGAUAGACGGGCGAAAGUGGAUGGCCAAAUCGUUUUAUCCCAAGGAAGGAGAAUUAGAAGAUGAAUACGGAGGUGCUUGGUCGGAUGAAGUCGCUGGCGGCAAGUUUCUCCGUUGGAAGGACCUGUGUGGCCCUCAUGAAGGCAUUCUCUUCUGGGGCCAGCAAGCUACGGGGAUGUAA